UUAUGAAUUUAUCUGCCAGAUCCUAUAUGCCAACUUAAAAAUCUAUAUCUCCAUUGAUUGAUCGGACUACCAAGAAGCGUACUCUUACAAUUUAAGAACUUACCAAGUCAACAAAGACUGCAAAUAAGAUAAUUAAAGAAAAAUCCACUGAAAAAAAAUUGACUUCCAAUAGUUCUCAAGAAACUUCAGAAACAUGUUUAACUAGGAAUGACUCUGCAUAGGACAACAACAGAUUGUAGUAAUUGAAAAUUAGAGUUUUAACGUAUACAUAUAUCUCUCAAAAAGCUUAGAGAAAAAGUCUAACAGAUUGAAAAAUUAGAUCUAUGCAAAACUACACUAUUGCUUAAAGAGCUCCAAUACUAUCGUGCUAAGCAUAUUAAUAGUUCAAAUACUUCAGUGAUGGUUGCUUUGGCUUUAGCACGUAAUUGAUGUUAUAAAAUUACUUUAUAGUCACUUAUAAUACAUAACUCCAUGUCUUUUAAACUAUAAAUCAAAUUUAUAUUAUGAAAAUAAUUAUCUGGUAUUACUAAGAUAUAAGUAUUAAAGUAGUCUAACUAAAAUAUAACUAAGUCAAAAAAUAUUAAUAUUAUUAUAUAUUUUAUUAUAUAUAUAUAUAUUUAUACUUAAUAGUUUGUUCAAUUAUUUAUGAAUAUAUAAAAAUUAGUUGA